AUGGCCACCAAAAUCCACACUCUCGCCGACGUGCAAAAGCACGACAAGCCCACCGACGCAUGGGUCGUCAUCCACAACAAAGUCUACAACAUCACCAACUACCUCGAGGACCAUCCCGGCGGCGGCGCUGUCCUGCUAGAAGUCGCCGGCAAGGAUGCCACGGCGGAGUUUGAGGAGAUUGGCCACUCUGCCGAGGCGAAUGAUGCUCUCGUCGAAUUGUGUGUCGGAUCUCUGCCCCAGGAGGAACACGCCGAAGAGGUCGAAACUUACCGUCCCCAAUUCCAAGAAAUCGGCUACCAAGCCGCCGUCGUCUCAAAGAAGGGAAACAACACCUCCGGCUCUCUCCGCCGCGUAGCAGGCGCCGUUGUCAAGAUCGGUCUCGUCGGCGGCAUCGGCGCGGGAAUAUGGGCCGCCAACACGGGAAAGGUCGAUACGCAAAUUCUUCGCCAAGUCUGCCAACAAAUCACGAUCCCGCGCUCGGUACCCACGGGACGGUUCUGGUGGGGAUUCGGCCUCGCGACCGUGGCUGAGACGUCGGCCAGUCUUGGCUUGUUCGUCUGGUUGUGGUCUAAGCUUGAUGUCCAGAGUGAAUUUACCAAGAAACCUCCCUACCGCACUGCCCGUAGGGACAAGAUUAUUCCCCUCCCGAAGGGCAGGAUACAGACCUCUAGCAAGGCCGGAUCGACUUCUUCUACUGCGUCUUCCCCUUCGCGCGUUCUUGAGCCUCAGGCCUGGAAGCCCUUCAAGCUCGUGCGAAAGACGCUCGUUUCGGCCGGCGUCUACAGACUCGUCUUUGCCCUGCCGCACUUCGAGGAUGUCCUCGGCCUCCCCACGGGCCAACACAUUGCCCUCCGCGCCACCAUCAACGGACAAAACGUCGCUCGUUCCUACACGCCCAUCUCCAACAACAGCGACCUCGGUCGAAUCGAGCUCCUCAUCAGGGUCUAUGACAAGGGCCUCAUGACCAAGCACCUCGAGGGCAUGCAGAUCGGCGAGACCAUCGACAUCCGCGGGCCCAAGGGCUCGAUGCAGUACAGCGACAAGUACGCCAAACACAUUGGCAUGAUCGCGGGAGGCACGGGUAUCACGCCCAUGUACCAGCUUAUCCGGACCAUCUGCGCCGACGAGUCGGACGACACCAAGAUUACCCUGCUCUACGCGAACAAUACCGAGGAUAGCAUCCUCAUGAGGGACGAGCUUGAUGGCUUCGCGCUUCAGUGUCCCGAGAAGUUCCAGGUGCAUUAUGUCCUUGCCAAGGCGCCUGAGGGCUGGAAGGGAGCUACGGGGUUCGUUACGGCGGAUUUGAUUAAGAAGCAUCUUCACAAGGCGGAUAACGAUACCAGGGUUCUUCUUUGUGGACCGCCGCCGAUGAUUGAGGCGACGAAGAAGAACUUGGCUUCGCUUGGGUUCAAGCUACCUGGAGCGAUGUCCAAGAUGACGGAUCAAAUUUUCUUGUUCUAA